GCUGACGCACAAACGUCAAACUUCAGUUGGCUUCUGUUUGAUAAAUCCGCUCGAGCUUGAAUCUUCGGCUUUGAAGGAAAUUAGUUGUGUUUGAUUACUUUGCGUUUGGAAGGCGGUCUUAGGUGUAAAAAUGCCUUAUGCAAAUCAACCAUCGGUAAAUAUCACCGAAUUAACAGAUGAAAAUGUUAAAUUCGUUGUAGAAGACACAGAAUUGAGUGUCGCAAACAGCCUGCGGAGAGUGUUUAUAGCCGAAACUCCAACACUGGCUAUUGAUUGGGUUCAACUGGAAUCAAACACCACGGUUCUGGCAGACGAAUUUCUCGCACAUCGUGUCGGAUUGAUUCCGCUAAUUUCUGAUGAAGUUGUCGAACGAAUGCAGUACAGUAGGGAUUGCACUUGCUUGGACUUUUGCACUGAAUGCAGUGUCGAAUUUGUAUUAGAUGUUAAGUGUAACGAAGAACAUACCCGACACGUAACCACGGCUGAUCUAAAGUCUAGCGAUCCGCGAGUUCUCCCGGUCACAUCGCGCCAUCGUGACGAUGAAGACAACGAAUACGGCGAAGGUACUGACGAAAUUUUAAUCAUUAAACUACGCAAAGGGCAAGAAUUGAAAUUGCGAGCGUAUGCAAAGAAAGGCUUCGGAAAAGAGCACGCCAAAUGGAACCCAACCUGUGGUGUAUGUUUCGAGUACGAUCCGGAUAAUUCGAUGCGACACACGCUGUUUCCGAAGCCGGACGAAUGGCCAAAAUCCGAACACACUGAGCUUGACGAUGAUAAGUACGAGGCGGAGUUCAACUGGGAAGCAAAACCGAACAAAUUUUUCUUCAAUGUAGAAUCUUCCGGGGCGCUCAAACCGGAAAAUAUUGUGCUGAUGGGAGUUCAGGUGCUGAAGAACAAACUUUCCAACCUUCAGACGCAGCUGAGUCAUGAAACACAAACAGAUGCACUUGCUAUUUAAGAAUUUUACUUGAGAAUAUUAAGAAUUAAAAAAAAAUCUAAUCGCGAGAUUAUUUUUAAAAAGACAACCA